CGCUGGAGGGUGAGUUCGCGCUAGUCGCUUCGAUGGUAUAUUAGCCUUGAGCGCCUCGGAGAUGGCGUUGUUGAGUGUAGGCUAGGUCAGGUCUCCUCAGAAUACUAUGACAUCCAGCAUGUGGCUUCAUUUUGUCUGGUGUCUUGCCAUUUUGGCACCAGCUUCGCUGGCGCAGAAGUGCUGGAGGGAGACGACGUGCUCGGGUCCGGAAGAUAGUGCCUUCUCGGGACCGUGGGACAAGUACAUCUAUGCGCCGUCUUCUCGAACUGUGGGGCCCGAGGAGAUAUGGACCAUAUCGGACACAAACUCCUCAAGGGACUAUAAGAGAUCCAUGCCAUAUAAACUUGAAGGCAAUGGGUCGGUGGUGGUAUUUGACUUCGGCAUCGAAGUCGGCGGUAUCGUCACCCUCAACUAUACGUCAACAGGCAGCGGGGCUUUGGGACUGGCCUUUCCCGAGACGAACAGCUGGGUACGGCAGGAACCAGAUUCUUCUGACGAUGCCCCGGGAUCUCUUGACAGGGCACUGUACGCGAAUGUCACCGAAGCCGGAGAGGGAAACUACUCCGUGCCAGAUAAGGACAUGCGUGCGGGAUUCCGAUAUAUGGUCGUAUUCCUGCUAGCUGAUGGUCCGACGAAUGUCAGCAUAGACGGGGUGGGCCUGGAGAUUGCGUUUCAACCGGCAUGGUCGAAUCUCCGGGCUUAUCAGGGGUAUUUCUUCUCUGAUGAUGAACUGCUCAACCGUGUCUGGUACAGUGGCGCUUAUGCGCUGCAGGUUAAUGACAUGCCGGCCCCCGCUGCACGCCCGAGUUCUAUGGUGACAGAUGGGACGGUCACCAAUGAAACGAUGGGGUCUGAUGAUACGAUAGCCGUGGAUGAAAAGCGAGACUAUAAGAUAUGGCCAGGCGACAUGGGAACAAGUGUGUUGUCGUCUUUUGUCAGUACCGGCAAUUUGGAGGGUACCAAAAGCGCAUUGCAGCAAGUGUACAACACACAGAGUAACUCGACCGGAGCAUUCAGUGAACCACGGGGGCUAGCCAAUCUGAAGAGCUCUGAAAUUGACCAUCUGUGGUCGAUGAUAGGGACAUUCCACUAUGUCCUCUAUAGCAACGACACUGACUUUCUUGAACGAAAUUGGGAAGGAUAUAAGAAAGCCAUGAGCUACAUCUACCAGAAAGUGGACAGCACACGCGACCUGCUACAGCUUACAGACCCAUGUAACCAAGACAAAUUACAGCAAGAGUCGAACAGCCUAGAGGAACAGAUGAUUCUAUACCACGCCCUAGAAACAGGAGCGCAACUCGCUACAUGGGCACCGAACAGUUUAACCAUCUCAGACGAGUGGAACAAGCAAGCAGAGGGCCUAAAGCAAGCGAUCAAUACGCACUACUGGGAUGACGACUACGGCGCCUUCCAAGUCAACACCACAGAGACAACCAUAUACCCCCAACGCGCAAACAGCUUAGCCCUCAUCUACAAAAUCACCAACCCAACUCGCUCCUCCCGAAUCUCAGAAAACCUGACCCAAAACCGGAACCCAACCGGCGCCGUCACCCCAGAACCCAGCGGGACCCUCUCCCCCUUCACCUCCACCUUCGAAAUCCAAGCCCACUUCGCCGCCAGCCAGCCCGCACGAGCCCUAGACCUCAUCCGCCGCAGCUGGGCCUGGUACCUCCAGAACCCAAACCACACGAGCACCUCUCCCGGCGCCUACCCGCCAAAUAGCCCAUCCAAACACAGAGCCUCCUCCCCCAACACACCACACCCACCCAAAGAGCCCACAUCCCUCACACAAGCCCUCACAGAGUCCAUCCUCGGCCUGUCCAUAACAACCCCAAUAGGCCUCACCUGGAAAAUCGCGCCCCAAUUCGGGGACCUCCACCGCGCAGAAGGCGGCUUCACCACCCCGCUGGGAAAGUACCAGGUGUCGUGGGAGACGCGCGCUGACGGGUACGAUCUGGCGUUUGCGGUCCCGAGCGGCACGAGGGGGAAUCUGACGCUGCCGUUUGUGAGGGACGGACAGAGACCGUCGAUUCGGAUUGAUGGGAAUGAUAUCUUGAGGGGCGUUUGGUGGGAUGAGUGGGCGGGGACGGCUACUGUUGUUGUUAGUGGUGGGGGAGGGCAUAAGGUUGUUGUGAGGGUAUGA